AUGGCGUCUCUCCCUCCGCUCAGUGGGAACUACGAGGCAGCAAUCAAGCUCAUUGAUUAUGCUCAUGCCCAGGAUCCCAACAAGAUCCCCGCACCGGAUGGUUCAGGCGAGCUACCGUAUGAGCUCCAUUAUGCCCGCAAGAUGACGAGCUGGCUCGCCCCAAGGUGUCCUGAUGCCUCUCCUGCGUUGCAAGUUGCUUGCCGGGCGCAACAUUUCAGACGCUGGGAGCUACCACGAAGCAGCUACCCGAUGACUCGGGCCGGAUAUCUCACGUGGAGGGCAAAGCAGAAGAGCCAGGCUGCAUCUCAAGUAAAAGAACUACUUGCCUCCAUGGAUGAACCACUCCCAGGCGCUGAUCUCGAGCGGAUAUCGGCACUGAUCAGCAAGCAGGACCUGGCCACCAACGAGGAGACACAGGUGCUGGAGGAUGUGGCCUGCUUGGUUUUCUUGGAUGAUCAGCUUGACGGCUUUGAAUCAAAGCCUGAUCAUGACGAGGAGAAGGUUAUCAGCAUUCUGCGCAAGACAUGGAAGAAGAUGAGCCCCAAGGGUCAAGAAAUGGCGCUGCAGAUGAAGCACAGCGACCGGGCGACGUCUUUGUUGCAGAAGGCAUUACAGGGCUGA